UCAAGAAUUAUAGCCCCUCAAAGUCCGAAUUCUGUACGAGAGUCAAGAUGCAUCUCAUAGAUGGAGUCUUCUAGCAUCAAGAAAUCAAAACCUGAUCGGCUCAAACAAUUAUUACCAGACAUAUAGCAAAACCAUCCACACCCCAUUAUAAGAAUUCCAAGUGAAACAAGGUCAUCACCAUGCCCUCCACAGAAACAGCAUUUGCAUACGAGGAACCAGCCAUCGGAACCAUCCUCAGUCAAUCCGGAUUUCUUCUGGUCCUCAACCUCGUCAAUGUCUGCCUGGACAAACUGCUCUACUGCGGGCUUAUCGGCCAACUCUUCGUCGGCAUCCUUUGGGGCACGCCCGGCGCAAAAUGGCUCCCGGACGACGCAGAGACCGUGAUCCAACAGCUCGGGUACCUGGGCUUGAUUCUCCUGGUCUAUGAAGGUGGUCUCUCGACCUCGCUUUCUUCGCUUAGGCAGAACCUCUUCCUCUCGGUGGCCGUGGCGCUGACCGGCAUCGGCACCCCCAUGGCCCUUUCCUUUAUCCUCCUGGAGCUGGUCUCGGCGACCCCCUUGCAAGCCUUUGCGGCGGGGGCGGCGCUCAGCGCGACCAGUCUGGGGACUACGUUCACCAUCCUCUCCACUACGGGCCUGGUCAAGACGCGGCUGGGUGUGGUCACGACGAGUGCGGCGAUGCUCGACGAUGUUGUGGGUUUGGUCAUGGUUCAGAUCAUCACGAAUCUUGAUAGUGGGAAUGAGUCCUUCAGUGCGGUGACUGUUGUCCGACCUAUCUGCGUAUCACUUGCCUUUGGCGUCGGCGUUGUACUUGCUUGUCGGUUUGGUGUCAAGCCUAUCCUGCAAGUGAUCUUGUCCCAUGAGGACAGGUUUCAUAGAGCUGUGAAGACGGUACAGUUUGCUUUUCUUGCUUAUACGUGUCUUUUGUUUGGGCUGGUGGCUGGUGCCACCUAUGCAGGGACAUCCAGCUUGUUUGCCGCAUACCUGGCGGGUGUGGCGACUACUUGGAUAAGCGACUUUUUGGAGCAGGGUUCAGGGUCGGAGCAUCCCGGUCGCUUGGAGUCUACUGAUGAGCACGAAUUGAGGUCCAUAGACCCUUCCCAGGACCACGCAUCCAGCCAGCGAGGUGCAACUUCCGAGCAGGCCGCACAAGUUGGUGUCUCACAAUCUGGUUCCACGGGUUUGUCUUCUGAAGAGUUUCCUACUGGUUCGCUGGUGUAUGAGAGAUACUAUGCGGAACCAGCCAAGAGAAUUCUCAUUCCUCUUUUCUUCGCCUCGAUUGGAUUCGCUGUUCCCAUCACGGAAAUGUUCAAGGGAGACAUAGUCUGGAGAGGCGUCAUCUACGCGAUUCUCAUGUUCUUCGGCAAGGUCGUCACAGGCACCUGGCUGGUCAGGUUCUCCUUGGGACCGGUUUCGAGCUUAGCUCGUUCAUUGACAACGUUCUUUGCGUACGUCAAACUGUGGUGUGCCCGGUCACCGCAAGCGAAGACAGCAAAAGCAAAGAACACGAAGUCAAAAGAAGAGGAAAGACGCCGGAAGCGUUCGGACACUGUCACUACAAAUCAGUCUUCCAGCAACAAAUCGUCAGCAUCGAACGGCAAUAAUUCUUCUGAAGGGAAUCUCACUAGCUCGGCUGCGGGGAUACAUCAAGGUCAACCCGAACACACUAGGUCCGCCAGCUCUCUUCCUCCCAAACCCAAAUCUCUCUAUCCGCCGUCGGUACUGGGUCUGGCAAUGGUGGCCCGAGGGGAGAUCGGCUAUCUCAUUGCGUCGCUUGCAGAAUCGAAGGGAAUUUUUGGUCAAGGCUCAACAGGCGGUUCUUCAGACACUUAUCUGGUCGUCGUCUGGGCGAUCUCGAUCUGCACCCUGCUUGGCCCCAUCUGCGUGGGUACGCUCGUGAGAAGGGUGAAGACCCUGCAGCACAAGCGGAUCAACUCGGGUGGGCCUGAUCCACUAGGCGUAUGGGGCAUCUGAAUCAUACAAGCUCCAUGAUGAUGGCUACCGGUAUAAGCUGGCUUCGAUCUGCUUGGAUUCAGUGAGGAACCCGGUAGCUGUAUGUCAUUCAGUGCUGUUAUAUUUAGAAAUGGAAGUACAGUACAUUGACUGUAGAGUGGCGAUGAACUGAAGCGCCCGACAAC